CUGAAGUUUAAUUUUCGGCAAAUCAAGAUUUUCCCAGAUAGCUGCCAAAAACCCCAAGUAUGGCAGAAACACGCAAAAGAAGACGUCUAUCAGACAGUGGGAGCUUCCAGGAGGACGGAGGGGUCCCAGCGACAGAACAACAAACUGGGACGGUUGCGGAUGGUGAUGCUGCGGCUUCCUCGCAGCAAAAAACCAAAUCUCGCCGAACACUUUUCGUGCGCUCCCUCCCUGCAUCGGCAACGACAGAGAGUUUAACAGAGUACUUUUCGCAAUCAUACCCCUUAAAACAUGCUACCGUCGUUCUAGAUCCUCAGACAAAACAAUCGAAAAGCUACGGAUUUGUCACUUUCGCGGACCAUGAAGAUGCUGCGAAGGCCUUAGAAGAAUUCAACGGCUCGGUUUUUGACGGGAAGAAACUCAAAAUUGAGGUCGCUGAGCCACGCCAUCGAGAGAUUGACGAAAAGGGGGGGAAAAGCGUGUCUACUUCAAACCUGAAACAAGAGCGAGAAAAUCGAAAACUCCAAGCUCAGCCCCCCAAACUCAUCAUCCGAAAUCUGCCAUGGAGCAUAGCAGAACCGGACCAAUUAGCCGCCCUUUUUCGAAGCUUUGGCAAGGUCAAACACGCGGUUAUCCCGAAAAGAGGUACUCAGCAUUCUGGGUUUGGAUUUGUGGUAUUAAGGGGUAGGAAAAACGCUGAGAAGGCGCUGGAGGCGGUCAACGGCAAGGAGAUUGAUGGAAGGACCCUGGCUGUUGAUUGGGCGGUGGAGAAGAGCGUUUGGGAUGAAUUGCAAAAUAACCAGGACAAAGGUGCUGAUGGGAAGGACAAAAAGAAGGAGCAGUGUGAUAAUGACGAUGAUGGGAAUGGGGAAGACGGAGAUGAAUCCGCUCUAGAUGAUGAAUUGAAUGGUGGGCUGGAGGAGGAGGGAGAGGAUGAGGAUGAGGACGAGGAUGAAGACGAUAUUUCUAUGGCAGAUGCUGAUGAAGAUGAAGAAAUGGAUGAGGAGGUUGAAGAUGAACGAAACGCUUCAACGAUUUUUAUCCGCAACCUGCCUUUUAGUGCUACAGAUGAAACUCUCUACGAACAUUUCGUUCAAUUUGGGCCUUUAAGAUAUGCCAGAGUUGUGGUCGACCCGGAAACAGAUCGGCCAAGAGGAACAGCUUUUGUUUGCUUUUGGAAACACGAGGACGCAAUAUCUUGUCUUCGUGAUGCCCCUAAACGAACAGAUUUACCGCGGGCGGAAGAGUCUAAGGCCAAGAUAUCUACCAUAAAACAUUCAGUGCUUGAAGAUGAAAACAAAGACCCUUUAGGUAAAUAUACAAUGGAUGGUCGGGUUCUACAGUUAUCUCUCGCCGUGAGCAAAUCCCAGGCCGCUAAACUUGAGGCCGAGGGCAGCUCGCGCAGGGAGGCUCGCGAUAAAGACAAACGACGACUAUUCCUUCUCUCUGAGGGUACCAUCCCAUCUAAUUCCCCUCUCUACAAACAGCUCUCACCGACGGAGAUUGCAAUGAGAGAAGCAAGCGCCAAACAACGACAGAAACUCAUCAAAAGCAAUCCGAUGUUGCACAUCAGCCUUACCCGUCUAUCUGUCCGUAACAUACCUCGGAACAUCGACUCCAAGGCUCUGAAGGCCCUUGCGAGAGAGGCAGUUGUCGGCUUCGCGAAAGACGUGAAGGGCGGUCUGCGUGAGCCAUUAUCAAAGGAGGAGCUUCACCGAAGUACUGAUGACAUGAAGGAAGAAGACAAGUUGCGGAGGGCAAAAGGGAAGGGUAUCAUCAAGCAGGCCAAAGUCGUCUUCGAAGGCAAAGAGGGUAGUAAGGUUGACGAGAAAAGCGGAGCUGGACGUAGUCGCGGAUACGGAUUCAUUGAAUACUACUCCCACCGCUCUGCGUUGAUGGGACUUAGAUGGCUCAACGGACACGCAGUUGCUGGUCCCGACAAGAAGAAGAAACGGCUCAUUGUCGAGUUUGCGAUCGAGAACGCGCAGGUUGUCAAGCGGAGGCACGAGAAGGAGGAAAAAUCGCGGAACCAUGACGACGAAGGCGGGAGGCAGCAGGCACGUCCCCAAAAGAACGCAUUCCCAAAUCGUCGAGAUUCUUCAAAGCCCGGCUUCCCUGCCAAGCAGGGGAUGAAGCGAAAGUGGUCUGAAGGCGCUACUGGGCAAGGUAAUCCAAAUCCGAUAGCGGCAAACAAGGCUGAUAAUGCGAAAGACGCCAAGCCUGAGAAGGAUAACCAGAUAGCGAAGAGAAACAGAAUCAUUGCAAAAAAGAGGAUGCUGAGGAAGAAUAGGAAGUGAAUUAACCGAUAUCCCCAUCAACAUUCGUUGAUUGGGCCAUUUUUAUUUGCGCUGCUUUGUAGUUUGUUUCAUAUUACUUAUAUAUGCAGGCGUCGAGAUUCGGAGCAAUGCAAAUUUACCCACCAUGAGCUUGCACAUAAAUAAGCCUGUUCUAUACAUACUAACAUCUUCAACCGAUUUGAGUCCCUUCCUGCACACUGUGUAGCUCAAUUUUGGAAUGCAACUCAAUGACGUCGCUUGAAAUGUAUACAUAUAUCUGGAUCAGGAACUUGUAGAGUUACCCAUAUUAUGCAUUCAUGAAAACACAAAAGAUGAGAAAAGAAAGGAGGAGUCCUACUCCCCUUCACCAGACGCGACUAUGACCAGAGGAAGAUCUGGUAGGAAAAGAGAAAAAAUGUUACAAGAAAAAAAAGUCAUUCAUUCGUUGAGACCCCCUGGAUUAUCUCCCCUUACUCACCCCCC